AUGCAAAGGAUGAUCGAUAAUAUCGGUCGUUCAAAUUCCUCAUCACAACAUAAUUCACGUGGUACUAUACAAACACAAAAUGGUUCAAGUGGUACUGUACAAGCACAACGUUAUACAAUUGAUCUUGGAAAUGCAAACAAUGAUACUUUUGAUCAAGGUACAUAUACUACAGGUAAAUUUACAAUAGUUUUUCAUAAAAGAAAAGAAAACAAUUAUUUACGUUUAAAACGUGUUAAAAUGAGUGCAGAUGAUUCGGAACCAUUAAGAGUUAUUGAACUUGAUGCAUUUGGAGAAGAUUAUUUUCUACUUGAGAUAAUUAAUGAUAUACAAAAAUAUAAUAAUAUGUCAACAUUAGCUGCUAUUGAACAGUAUAUGUCAAUUUAUGGAACACUUGUUUUAACUACACUUGGCAUAAUUGGUAAUAUACUUUCUAUAUUAAUAUUUUUAUCACCUCGAUAUCGUCGACAAUCAUCACAUUUUUAUCUUCUAUGUCUUGCUUUAUCUGAUCUUUGUUUUCUUAUUAUAAAUUUAUUCGAAGAUACAUUUCGUAAUCAUAAUCAAGUAUAUAAAUCACAUAUAAAUUUUCUUGAUCGUAGUUCAUCUCUUAUUUGUAUAUUUGUACAAUAUGCAAGAAAUGUUACACGUUCAUUAUCAUCAUGGAUUAUUGUUUCAUUUACAAUUGAACGUCUUUUAGUUGUAUUUCAUCCAUUAAAACGAGCUAUUAUAUGUCGACGUAAAAUUGCACGUUUCGUUGUAUGCAUUCUUUUUUCAUUAAGUUUUGUAAGUAAUAUUAAUGUUCCAUUUCAUUAUGGAAUUAUUACACAAGAGAAUUCUACAAGAAAUGAUAGUAUUUGUGAUAUAAUACCAGAACAUCGUCAAAUCUAUAUGAGAUUUGCUAUAGCAACAAUGACUACUGUCUAUUUAGUACCAAUGUGUAUUAUUGGUCUUGUUAAUAUGCUUAUUUGUUGUAAACUUUGGAGAAAAAGUUUAUUAAUGGAAAAUAAUGAAACUAAUAUUAUACCAAAAGAAAGACAUAGAGUAUUUUCUCGUCGACAUUUAUCUCAUAUUACAGAAUUUUUAUCAUGUUUACAUAUAUCAAGAAGAUCAUCAACAUCAUCUAGUGUAACAAAACAAUCUAUACAUGGACGUACUUCUUCAUUUAAUCAAUAUCAAUCCAUUGGACCUGUAAAAAAUGGAUAUUUAAGUGAUGAUGAAAAUCGAUCACAACCACUACGACCAAAUUCUCUUUCAAGUCUUUCAGUAAACUAUACAAUUAAUCCAAAACAUUCUGUAACUUCAAUAAAAACUUAUAUUCAAUCACGAACACAUCGUGUAACAGCAACAUUAUUACUUGUAUCGUUUUCUUUUCUCGUAUUGAAUACCCCAUAUUGUGUUGUAUGGAUUGCUAAUUAUGCUCAAAGUUUUCGUAAUGAUACAUUAAGAUCAAUUAAAGAAAUAACUGAACUAUUUAUGUUAACUAAUUUUUGUAUUAAUUUUCUAUUAUAUUGUGUUAGUGGAAAAGUAUUUCGUGGUGAACUUAUCUGUUUACUUCGUUGUCGAUGGAGAGAAUUAUAUGAUAGAAAUGAAACUGAACGUAUGGCUCGAAGAAGAUCACGUCCAAGAAAUGAAAUACAAUUAAAUGAACCAAAAUUAAAAACACGAUCUCUUUCUAUUAAUCCAAAUGAUCAACUAAAUCGUCCAUCCGUAUCUAGUAUAUAUACAAGUAGAGUUCCAAGUACAUAA